AUGGGUGACGUUCUAAGCUUAUUUUCUGUGAUAAUAAUGAAAUUUAAAUCUAAGUUCAAUGAAAGUAAGAUUUAUUUUCACUAUGAUCUUCCGUGGGAGAAGCUAAAGACGGUGAAGUGGAUGAAUGAGAAGGCCACCGCGAACAGAGCUUACGUUCCUACGACCGUUGAAAAUGUAGCGAACGUGUGCACACACGCACUAUGCGUCGCCCCUGCAUCACUGGGUGCGCGGGAGUUGCUGACGCGCUCCGUCAAUGCACCGCAAGCGAUUGCUGCAGUCGUCUAUGGGCUUGCACUAUGCCUACUGUUCGCGGUGUCCACCACCUUUCACUCUGUAUGCUGCUGCAGGUCCGACACUAAAAUGAAACACUUCCUGCACCGUUGCGACCGGGCAAUGAUUUACAUAUUCAUCGCGAGUUCCUACUUCCCGUGGCUGACGGUCGGCACGCUCUCCUGCUGGAUGCUCAGGGAACUGCGGUGGGUGAUCUGGCUGCUGGCUGUCCUCGGCAUCACGUACCAACAGAUCUUCCACGAGAGAUACAAGAUGUUGGAGCUGCUCCUUUAUCUGGUCAUGGGGCUAGGUCCGGCGGCCAUCAUUGUCACGUCUAAUCACCAGUUCCCGGCGAUGUACGACCUGAAGCUGGGCGGCAUGCUGUACCUGGCCGGCGUGUUCUUCUUCAAGUCCGACGGCCGCAUUCCCUUCGCUCACGCUAUCUGGCACAUAUUCGUUGCGCUGGCCGCCACCGUUCACUACUUGGCCAUCCUGCGACAUCUCUUCCCAGAACUUAAAUCUCAUUGA